UCGCCAAUGUCAACAUCAUCCACGGCAGAGAACGGUUGAUUGUCAACAUCAUCCACGGCAGAGAACGGUUGAUUGUCAACAUCAUCCACGGCAGAGAACGGUUGAUUGUCAACAUCAUCCACGGCAGAGAACGGUUGAUUGUCAACAUCAUCCACGGCAGAGAACGGUUGAUUGUCAACAUCAUCCACGUGAGCCUCCAGACCAGAGAUGGUUUGGGCAGCGGAGGACCCGUGGUCGACUGCAGAGGACUGUUAGAGAAUGAGGGGCCUGUGUUUGAGAGCUGUUUCAGUGAGGAGCCGCUGCCGUACUCAGACCCCACGGGCGCCGCUGGGGGCGGGACCUGUCCACCGGAUUCACCCAACCAGGAGAACCGGCUCCAGGCUCAGCGAAUCAGAGGCCACACCCCUCAGAACCGACCGCAUGGCAACCAAUCACCUGAUCUGCCUGAGGGAUACGAGCAGCGCACCACGGUGCAGGGACAGGUGUAUUUUCUUCACACACAGACGGGAGUCAGCACCUGGCAUGACCCACGCAUACCCAGGGACCUGGCCAGUGUGAGCUGUGAGGAGUUGGGUCCGCUGCCAGCCGGCUGGGAGGUGAGGAGCACGGUGUCGGGACGGAUCUACUUUGUGGAUCACAACAACCGAACAACGCAGUUCACUGACCCCCGGCUACACACCAUCAUCAGCCAACACUCCCAGGUGAAGGAUUCGUCUCAGCCGCUAGGUGGGGGAGGCGGGAGAGAGAUGGAGGUGGGCGGGGAGGAGGGAGGAGAAGGGGAGGUGACACUGCGUUAUGAGAGAGACCUGGUCCACAAACUGAAGCUGCUCCGACACGAGCUGUCACUACAGCAACCACAGGCCGGACACUGUCGCAUAGAGGUCUCACGAGACGAGAUCUUUGAGGAGUCUUAUCGUCAGAUCAUGAAGAUGAGACCCAAGGAUCUGAAGAAACGACUGAUGGUGAAGUUUAGAGGAGAGGAAGGACUGGACUACGGAGGAGUGGCAAGGGAGUGGCUGUACCUGCUGUGCCAUGAGAUGUUGAACCCGUACUACGGCCUGUUCCAGUAUUCAACAGACAACAUUUACACACUACAGAUCAACCCUGACUCCUCUAUAAACCCUGACCACCUAUCGUAUUUCCACUUCGUGGGUCGUGUGAUGGGCCUGGCAGUGUUCCAUAGUCACUAUAUCAACGGAGGCUUCACCCUGCCCUUCUACAAGCAGCUGCUGGGGAAACCUAUUAUGCUACAAGACCUGGAGACCACUGAUCCUGAACUUCACAAGAGUCUGGUCUGGAUACUGGAGAAUGACAUCUCGUCGGUUCUAGAUCAUACGUUCUGCGUGGAACACAGUGCCUUCGGGAAGUUCCUUCAACAUGAGCUGAAACCCAACGGUCAGAACCUCCCGGUAACCGAGGACAACAAGAAGGAGUACGUGAAGCUUUAUGUUACCUGGAGGUUUAUGAGGGGGAUCGAGGCUCAGUUCUUAGCUCUGCAGAAAGGAUUCAGCCAACUGAUUCCUCAACAUCUCCUCAAACCAUUUGACCACAAGGAGCUGGAGUUGAUAAUCGGAGGCCUGGGGAAGAUAGACCUAGCAGAUUGGAAGUCAAACACCCGUUUGAAGCACUGUGCUGUAGACAGUAAUGUGGUUUGCUGGUUCUGGGAGGCUGUAGAGAGCUUCACUGAGGAGAGGAGAGGACGACUACUGCAGUUUGUUACCGGUUCUACCAGAGUUCCACUACAGGGAUUCAAGGCACUACAGGGUUCAGCAGGCCCAAGGCUGUUCACCAUCCAUCUGAUAGAGGCCAACACAGACAACCUACCCAAGGCACACACAUGUUUUAACAGAAUAGAUAUCCCUCCCUACGAGUCGUACGAGAAACUUUAUGAGAAACUGCUGACGGCCGUGGAGGAAACUUGCGGCUUCGCUGUGGAGUGAAACACACACACACACACGUCACCCUGCAAUAACCCCCCGCCCCUACAGAACUACUAUUGACCAAUCACAGGACAAUACCACCUAGCCCCUCCCAUCCCGACCAGACUGAUCUCCAGGGGAACUGUCAUCAUGGGUCACGGCCGGGUUGGUUACCAUGGUUUCAUGAUCCGGGGAUAUCAUCGGUUCCUGUAUUUUAGAGGUUUUUCAGAUUUUGAAGAAACAUUUUUAUUCUUCAGUUUUAUCGAGCUAUGAUGUCACUCUUCAGAACAACCAAUGACUUUGAUUCUGUCUCCAAUCACACACAGUCUCUGUACAGAAUAAGCCAAUCAGAGACGAUCUGAGCUGAAAUCCUCCAAUCAGAAAGCAGAUUGAUUAAUGUUCAUGCUUCAUGUUUAACCACUGUUGUGUGUGUGUGUGUGUGUGUGUGUGUGUGUGUGUGUGUGUGUGUGUGUGUGUGUGUGUGUGUGUGUGUGUGUGUGUGUGUGUGUGUGUGUGUGUGUGUGUGUGUGUGUGUGUGUGUGUGUGUGUGUGUGGUGCAUAGCACCUGGUCCUCUGUAUAAUGGUAUUAAGCCUGUAUGUCUCUCUGAUUAUUAUGUUAUUUAUUUACUGUGAUGAUGAUGAUACUGACCUGCUGCUACUCUACAGAGACGGACCCCCUAACCCCUCCUCUCAUCCCUCUCUCCUCUCAUCCCUCCUUCUUUUGUCUUCCUCUCUCCUCAUCCCCCUCCUCUCAUCUCUCCACUUCUCCUCCCUCUCCUCUCAUCUUUCCUUCUCUCCUCUCAUCCCUCCCUCUCCUCCACUCACAGCCAUUAACCUACUCUCCUCCUCUCAUCCCUCUCUCCUCUCAUCCCUCCUCCACUCCUCUUCAGACCCCUUAUUAACCCUAGGUUAACCCUCUCUCCUUCUCUCCUCUCAUCCUCCCUCAUCCUUGUUAGGGUUCAUCUGGGUCUGACAAACAGACUGGCUGUGAGCUCCACAAUAAUCUAACCUGCCUCACUCCCCAGCCUGUCUCAUCCCCACACCUGUCUGAAAUAUGCAAUAAACCCCCAAACUUCACCGCUCUCUUCAUCUCUGUGUCCCUCCCCUACCUCAUCUCCCUUUCUCUCCACCUUUGUCUCUCCCUACCUCCAUCUCCCUUUCUCUCCACCUUUGUCUCUCCCUACAUCCAUCUCCCUUUCUCUCCA